GGGGUGCAGGUAGACAGAUAGAGAGGUAGAGAUAGUCUUGGUCUUGGUAAUCUCAUCUGAGGCCUGGUGAUGAUGUCUGGUAGAGCGCAGUGCAAUUGACAAACGCAACUCAAAAGUGCAUUUCUGGAUUCCCACCGAGACGACCUACACAAUGAGCUGUGGUUGACGAGCAGCCUUCAACUUCCUGUAGCUGCACCACGCAGCUGGCAGUCUUUCAGCGCCUCGCACGGAGAUCUCUGCUUCUCAGAGCAAAGGCAGACGGUGUGAAGAGAGGACACUAAAAGAACUUGCAAAAGACACACAGGUUCACCGUCUCCCCAUAGUCGGCUUACUGGCCCUUGCCAUGGCAAACUAGUGGCUGGGAUUGCUCUGUGUUAACAGACAUUCAUGUGCUGUAUGGGUUUUUUCUCCGUGUUCGCUUAAGUAGAGGCUUCUGCCGUGUGAGCAGACAGCGAGUUAAGGAUGGCGAUGACCCUGAAUGAGUUCACCCGCUCCGUAGAUCCCGGAUCUCUGCCCAGGAUCCUGCAGAUUCAAUCAGGCAUCUAUGUCCAAGGGUCUGUGUAUGAGAUGUAUGGGAGAGAGUGUUGCUUUGCAAAUGGUGAUCUCAUCAAGGUCACUGAGAUCAGGAUCACUAGGUUCAUUGCUGAAGGAUCCAAUGGCAUUAAGGUUGACCUUCCCUUGGACUACCCAGGUCUUUUCAGGAUAUUGACUGACUCACAGCCAUAUCAUAGCAUUCAGGAGAUCAGUGACUCGCUCCAAAUCGGCUCUCACAGACGUGGCCAGCCUGUCUUCUACACGGCUGGUGACCUGAAGCACCCAGACGGAACGGUCAAAAAGGGAGCGAGUUUCCGAAUCACGGGCCACGGGGUGGACGGGGGCCACGAGUGUGUGGACUGCGAGCUCACCCAGAGUGAGCCCAAGCGCUGUUUCACCCUCAGACUCUCUGAGCAAGGCAAGUUCUACGAGUGCGACGACAGCCAGUUCUACACUCUGAAGGAACUGGCUGAGUGGAAAAUGUCCAAGGGGCGGACGAGGACUGUGACCAAAGCGAAGUCAACGCACCUGGAGAAUGCUGUUUUACCAGACCCACUGGAGGACUACAAAGGAGAACUGAUUCUCACUCCAGUACAUGAAAUAGAGGCUAUAAUGAAAUUUCGAAAGGAUAUGGUCCUAAUCCCAGCCACCCUGGAUGUGGAGGUCGUGGACGUAACAGAGCAACAUGACUCUGCAGUUUUCGCGCAGCCCCUGUCUCUGAUGGAAGUGUACAAAAAACCCGCGGAAGCGUUCCCUGUGGUGGCCGAGGUUAUAGCGAGUCCGGUGCACGUUGCAGAGGAGUUAUCCUUCAUCUCCCACUCCAAGCAGAUAGUGAUCCACCGUGCCUUUGAGGCCAAGCGGGUUAUAGCAUCGGAAAUACGUCGCGGCAAACAGAGGCGCUUCCUCGUACCCAUAACUUACAAGGGCAGGUUCAAACGGCACCCUCGGGAGUUCCCCACUGCCUACGACCUAGGGAUGGCGCAGAGCAGCACCGAGCAGCUCCACGUGGUGGCAACCAGGGCUUUCGAGUCCGACGGCUUCCAGGGCCAGUCCCCCGUGCAGGUCGGGGAUCAGUUUCUGAUCAAGAAGAGAGCCAGCAGCAGCAGCAGCAGCAGCAGUAUCAGCAGCAGUAUCAGCAGCGGGGGCUCUGAGAACGGGGUGGACAAGAUGUCUGACGCUCUGGCCUGCUUUAAGUUUGAGGGGAAGAACCACGAGGCCGUGCAGAUCCCCAUGUACCACGAGGGCUGCUUCAUCGAGGUCGUGCACGACAAACAACAGUACACCAUUGCUGACAUCUGUCGUCGUUUCCCCCUGCCCUUCAACAUCAAAGUGUCCGUGCGAGACCUCUUGGUGAAGGAGGACAUUUUAGCUGGGGCUUCAGGGCUGCAGGUGGAAGAGGAGCUCACUGACCCCCACCUACUGGUAUCAACGCUAGACCUGUCUGAGUGCUGGGAGGUGCCGGUAAGCCGCACCAACGUGACAGUGCAGCUGCAACAGAGAUGGCAGGGCCUGGCCAGCGGUGCCGAGCCCACCGGGCACGCUGUAGUGGAGGAGAUCGGGGAGGACAGCUACUACACUCUCCGCAGGUACGCCGCAGCCAAUCUCCAGCCCCCACCGCGGCCCCCCAAGAACUUCAGGCCGCCCACCGCUAACUCACUGAGGGUGAAGCCACCCAGACCAAACAAGCCAAACCGUGCCAGCUCCCCAAAGAGUCCACAUUGUAAUUCCCCCAAACCGGAGGGGAUAGUGGCGUCUGACAGCUUUUCAAAGCAGAGGAGGAAUACUAUUGCAGUAAGCAGUGAGAAGAGGCCAUCCAUAACUCCUACCACUCCGCCCAGUAGAGAAAAAGUUGCCACAGUCAAAAGUAAGGAUAUUCCUCAAGAUUCAGUAGUGGAUGCUGUGGACGAGGACACUCAUGACUAUGAAUACAUUGACGAGGAGGAACUUGACUUCAUUAGGAAAAAGUUCCAUGAGGAAGCAAUUCUACGCAACACUGUUAAAGGAAAGCCGAAUACCUUUUAACAAAGUAUAGAGUCUGAGGAGGAGCAUGAAUGUAUUAAUCAGAUAAAAGUCAAUGCAAUAAUUUAUCAUUUGUCUCCAUAUAAUACAUGUAAUAAUUGUAAUAUGAUCAUGUCUUGGUGUUACAUAUAUUCUGGUUUAUAAUACCAAGUUCC